AUGGCUACGAAUCUCUACGAGGAGCUUGACCUGCCCAAGGACGCCACUGCCGAUCAGAUACGCAAGGCUUACAAGAAGAAAGCCCUGAAGACCCAUCCAGACCGACUCUCCCCGAAUGCGACGCCCGAGGAGAAGGCUGCAUCUGAAGAACACUUUCGAAAAGUCAACAAUGCAUAUGAAGUUUUGACAGAUCCUCAGAAACGGAAGGAAUAUGACAGAUAUGGCGUUUGGCCGCCGCCUGACCUUGAUGACGAUGAACCCUUGCCGAGGAGGCCCAGUGGCAAUCGGCGCGGCUCGUUUAGCCGCCAUCCCCCCACUCCGCGGUCUCCUUUUGGGGACCAUUUCUUUUCGCACCCCUUCCCGUCCGCUACAUUCACUGAUCCCUUCACUCUCUUUGACUCUAUCUUUGGCGAUUUCCCAUUCCAAAGUCACAGUCGACCAUCGCCAUACCGUCCGCAUCGUUCACGGUCCGAUGAUCCGUUCCAAAUGCCCCAUAGGAUGCACCAGGAGAUGAUGGGAAGCAUGUUUGCACAGUUUGAAAGAGAGAUGUUCAGCACCUUCCCUGAUCACCAUAACGUUGGUUUCGUACCACCUGUGCCCAGGCUACCCGCUCCGAGCUCGAGCAACCAGCGCUGGGUUGAGGAGAGUUUUGUAACAUCGACGGUCAACGGUGUGACGCAGACUGUCCACAAACGACGGGACUGGGAUGGAAAUGAACAUGUCACUCGUACAUUUCCUGACGGCCGAGAAGUGUUCACCAUAAAUGGGGAGCAGCAAUCAUCGCACCGUGGCUAUCUUGAACCUCCGGUCAUCCCGCGGCCCCCGCCUGCUGGCCCGCCACCUCCAUAUCAAGGACGUAACACUAAUUACAAUCCGUUUCAUAAUGCGUACCCUAUGAACACAAACACAGAUUAUCACCGUCGUGGAGGCUGGUAG